GAGUGCUGACUGUCAACAAAAUAAAAGCGAGUUUAAACUUUUGCGUCGAUCUCGUUAUCGGCAACACAUGGCGGCGACGGGGGAGCUUUGAAAGAAAAGUCGUUAGCACCAAGUUGUAAUGGUUACUCGGACUUGUUUACGUGGCACAGGAGGCUUUCUUUUCUCUCCCCUUUCCCCCCCUCCUCCUCAUUGACGGGGUCGCACUGGGAGAGCUUGUAGUUUAGCCGACUUGCUAGCUGCCGUCAAGUUGUAAGAAAGUGGAGAAGACGGCUGCUCAACGAGAGCCUGUCCGACCUGCUCACACUUAUGCGACGGAUAACAGGUGAGGGAUGGAGAUGAGAGAGUUGACCGUGGUAGCUGGAAGCUUUGUUGGUUUCCAGCUACUGUUUUCGGUGGCCAGUCCUUUACUCUCUUCCGCCAUCGCGCCAAGUUAUGGAUUGCUGCCUCCCACCAAGCACACAGAGUGGAACUCCAGGUUGGUGUCGACUGUCCAUGCUCUGGUUGUGGGAUUCUUUUGUUUGUAUAUCCUGUGGUUUGACGAUGUAGUCAACGCCAAUCCUGUCUGGGGGGACCCUAGUAUGGUCAAAUUGAAUGUAGCCAUAACGUGUGGCUACCUGCUGUAUGAUCUUGUGCUGUUAGCAUGUAAUUGGAGCACUAUGGGGGACAGCUUUUUUGUCUGUCACCACUUGGCGGCGCUCUAUGCAUAUGGAUAUGUGUUGACACGCGGCGUCCUUCCCUACUUUGCCAAUUUCCGUCUCAUUUCAGAAUUAUCCACGCCAUUUGUGAACCAAAGGUGGUUCUUUGAAGCAUUAAAGUACCCCCGCUCACACAGGAUGGUGGUAAUAAACGGCGUCGCUAUGGCAGUGGUCUUCUUCCUGGUGCGCAUUGCUGUCAUGCCAUCCUAUUGGGCCAGCGUAUUUGCCACAUUCGGCACUGCAGACUUUGAACGCCUGGGCUUGGGCGCCCAGGUGGCCUGGAUCACUUCCUGUGUGGCGCUGGAUAUCUUAAACACUAUCUGGAUGUACAAGAUCACUCGUGGCUGCUACAAGGUGUUGACUGGAACGAAAGGUCGCAAGGCGAAAGAAGGAGUGGAGGCAUCCAGCUGGGCGGACAAGAAAAAGCUUGCCAACAACCACACGGACUAAAAGACAGGAGAGGAACACAAGCCGGGGAAGGAGGCUGCACAUCCGGGACCCCGUGUCUAUCGUUCAAAUCCUAAACCUCAGCCCUGGAUCUUCCUGAAGUCAGCCAGUGGAGCGGGCUGUAAGUCCUCAGGUUCAAACCCUGACACUUGCGGACUGCCCUUUUGACUCAAUCAAGCACCAGCCUUUGCAGCCUCAGUGAUUUUUCACCGGCAGAUUAGCAUUCUUCUGCUUUUUUGUUGCAGACACAGACAUUUUUAACCUGCAUCCUGCCACUUCCCUCUACUUGCAUUCAUUCACCAUUUGCAGCCCCUCAUCUCCAUCUCCACCUUUCAGUCUCCUCUCACAUCAACCAAAGCCCAAUCCUCUGAAGUGCCUGUGAAAGACAGGAAAGCAAUAGGCUAGUCGAGGUUGAACAAGACCACACUUUAUCAGCUAAAUCCUUCCACUCUGCAGGCCCCUUUUCUACUCCGCCCAAACUGCAGGAGAUGUAGCACUUGAGGCCCGCACUACGUUUGCAAAUCUACAGGGCUCUUGUCUUUAAACUCACAAGUCCUCACUUAACAAGGAAGAACACCAUAAUGCCUCGUCUACAGUAUUUCCUGCUGUGGCACCUUGCCUUUAUCACCAGCCAUGACCCCGCCCCCUGCCCCCCAUUUGGAAUCCUCUAAUUGUGCAUAACGUCAAAACCCUAGCCUGUCUGAGUUCCAUGGUUUACUCACAAUACAUCCAUCACGUCAUCUGCCUCACUGGAUUGGGCUUCACUGUCCAGCCUUAAGCUGUUUUUUUUUUUGUUUGUUUGUUUUUUUAUUACAGUGGCACCUCGGUUUUUGUUAUUAAUCAGUUCCAAAUGUUUGGUCAAAAACUGAAGGAAUUUUUCCCAUAGGAAAUCCAAUUAAUUCAUCAAUAAUUGAGAAUAAUUAUCUUUUUUGGCCCCAUGGCGGGUUAUUUAGUGUUUGCAUUCAAUAAAUAAUGCACAGACAGGGUAAAUUGACAUGUAAAUGUAAAUCAAAUUAAUUUGCCCCAAAAUAUGAACAAAAAAUACAUUGUAUUGACAAUGUUGAUGCAGACUUCCCAUACAGUCUGGCUAGAGUUAAUUCAAUAUUGUUUCUCAUCUUCUUUACCAAAGUGCUGGCACACGCAACUUUUUUGUCCCCCAUGGAGUGUUAUUUAGCGGUCGCAUUCAAUAAAAAAUGCACAGAUUUUUGCCGAACUAAUCAGUGCAGGGUAAAUGGACUAGUUUGUUACGUUCAAUGCUGUACAAAAACCGAGGUUUGACUGUGUUUUCUUCUACCUCCCCUCUCCACCCCCCGCCUUAUGACAUCUUAUGACAUUUAUUUUUUUAAACAUGUUUCCCUCUCUACUGUGAAUGUAGUGUUUGAAAUAAUAUCACGGCUUGUGUGAGCUUUUCAUCACCCCCGUCCCUUUCGACAGGCGCAGCGAAACAAGUGACUUUCCUGUCAGUAACUCUUUAGAAAGUACCAUAAUCGAGGUGGAGCCCAGUACAUGAGGGUCAUUUGUCUCCCCCGUCUUCAGUCAGUAUUGUAUCGGAUGCCCUGCUUUAACAUCCAUUUGGUUGCAGAAUUUCACCAAGCAAUACGAUGUCUUUCAAAAGUUUUCUCAUUCAUUUUCGAUGUAUCACUAUUGAAUGUGGCAAUCUGCAUGUUGGUAUUUAUUUUCUGUACUUCUAUAAAGCAUGGGGACAUGAUCAGUCACCUUUCCGCCAAGCGGUACGCUUCAGAUUGCUACGCUUCGGGUCAGGCUUGCAUUUCCACAGCGGAGGAUAAAAUAAUAUAGUAGAUGCCCGCACAGUUUCCAAUCAGUAUUCAUGCAAAUUUGUGGAUUUUUUGUUAGUUUUUUUCAGUCAUUCAAAGCACCAUAGUUUCCACGGUUUGGAGAAAACGCCUUAUCUAGCCUGCUAGCCUCGAGUGCUGGGGUGUCCAAACGUUUUCCAUCAAGAGCCGCACACUGGAAAUGAAAGGAUGCGAGGGGCCACUUUGAUGUUUUAAUUUUUUUUUUUUCAAAAAGGCAAAAAAAAAAUUAUAUCCUAUAUAUAUUUCACGUCAGAGCUUUCUUUUAUGAAUAGUUAUCAUAUCAACAUUUCAUUUUAUUGAGUUUUUUUCUUUAAAUUUGCUGUAAGCCAAUGAAAAACAAGCCCUCUGGACAUGUAACACCCCUAUAGUCACACUUUGGACACCCCUGCUGUAGUGCUAGCCUCACAACCAGGCUAAAGGCUACACCGUGACUCUGAUUACACUUGUUCAUCAAUCAUCUUCCAUUGUAAUUCAGUCGUGGUGAGUACCUAUAUAUUUGUAACUUUAAAUACAUUUAAUAGGUGUGUCAAGCAUAUUAGACCUGGAUUGGACAAUGGCAAUUGACAAGAAAAGGGGAGGGUUCUGAAGUUGAAUCUAACUUAACAAUUACAGUCAAUUCCAGUGUAUAAGUUGCAGGUGCCUACCUCAUAUUGACUCUAUUGUCUAUGAGGACCAGUCAUCUCUUUAUUUGAUGAGCUUGUCAACCUACUGGAAAUUGCAGUAGGUCAUUACUCAGUGUACAAACAACAUUAAAGUCAUGACACAGCAAUUCAACACUCGAACAUACCUCGGAUAUAUACAAACAGGUACCAAUACGAGUAACAACUUUUUCCCAUAAUGUCAGAGGACCCAGAGCCCAAAACCAAAACGGAGACUGACGUCAUCGCAGAACCCCAAUGACUGCAUCGCAUCAGACGCAAUGCCUUAUGGGAAAACUCAUGUUUGUAUAAUGUCAGAUGCACCUUUUGAGUGUUAAGUUGUUGUGUGAUGAAUUUAUUGUGGUUUGAGAGAUGGCACCAUGAAUCAAACUGUGAUUAUACACAGUGUUACACUGUUGUAUAUAAUGAACGCCUGCCAUGUCCAAUGGGUUGACAAGGCGAUUGUGAUUGACUCCUGACAAAAAGAGCUGACAGUGACAGUAUUUAAACAAUUAGUAGUGGUUCUGAAGUAAAGGAGAUGCCACUAAAUCAGAAUUUAGCCGCACCGUUUCAAAGUUUAAGAGACAAGUAUAGACUUAUUCACCGGAAUUGACGCUAUAACAGUCACUGUUAUUACAAAUGUUGAUCCAAAAUCAGAGCCCAUGAAGCUAACAGGAGAGGGUGCAGCGAGCCGUGUGUCAAAAUUUAUUGACACAUGCAUUAAUUUGCAGCUUUUGUCGGUGGUCACGGACCAUAACUCUCGUGAAAAGUGGUGCACUAGUUCGAAAUCUCAUAAAACAUUAAUUGAUCGUACCCUUUUGAGAGGAAAUGCAUACCGAACCGAACUGAGCCGUACCGCUAGGUAGAAAUGAUGCUGUUGACAUAUUUCUAUGUCGGUAUAGGUACAUGUAAACUAUACAAGAAUUGCACCUAUUGCUGUGAACAUAGCGAACGCAUGUACUUGUAUACUUCCUUCUCCUCGCCCUGCAUGCAUGACAGUAGCUACGCUGGUGCUCUAACUGGAUGGCUAACUAACACACACAUACCAGGAAGGACCGGGAAGAGAUACUAGAAGUCAAUGGAAGGCCAUGGGGUGACCCUGCACAUAGACCAGUCUUUAAAAGAUCGGGUUGCCCUCUGCAUGUUUCCUUUUGUGGGGGAAUGUUGGUGUUUUUAGUGGGAAACUUAGAAACAAAAAAACAAGCACACUCCCUGUGGAGCAAUAACUCUUGACCUCCUGGAUUUCUGUCUGUCACCACAGAGGAGAGGCUGACACAUCCGGUGCCUUUUUACAGAAACAUGGACUCACGUUUUGAUAAGCAUGACCUUUCUAAUGACUAUCCGCUGAUAUGAUUGUCAUUUAUGUAUUCCAUGUGUAUACCCCGUGUAUAUAUAUUUUUAUAAUCUGCCUGCACAACGAUUAAUCCGGCCAAGUAUUAAUAUAAUCCAAAGAUGAUCAGGGAGGCUGUCAUGUGAUUGUUCUGUUGGCCUCUUCGGGGACGGAGAGGGCCACGUCUCCAUGAAUGUUGUCAUCGGUUUAAUGAGCGGCAUUACAGUAUCCAUCCAGUGGAGAUGUAUUUAUUUUUUUUGAGGUCUGUAACGUAGAGAUGAUGAAACGGUAGGCUAACGGCUCACUGCUUUUAGCCGCCUCAAAGCUGUGAAUAGAACACAACUAAUAGAAUGACUACAAGUAUAUUAAUGGAAAAAAAAGGCGCUUGCACAAAGUCAUCAUGAAAGGACUGGACUGGUGAAAUGUUCUUGUCAGGGUUCUUUUCUUCUUUGUUUGGAAUUCUAAUCUAAAACAGCUGUAUACAUUGUGCUUUAUGCCAUAUGUCGGGGUUGUUCAAAAAUCAAUUGGCUGCUAUUGUUGUAAGGCAAUGAAAUGAAGUGUGAACUGUUUAUCAGGUUUGAAAACCACUUUGCCUUUUGUUUCUUUGGGGCGGAGAGAUUAUGAGGACUAUAUUGAAUACACUAGAUCUGCUCUGGCAUUAUUUCUCAUGGACGUCCGCCCACCCGGAUGGUCGUUCUAAGGUAUAUUUGGGAAAAAAGCAGCAUUAAAAGUUUGGUACUUAAUUGGAAGAUGGUUAACCGGGUACACAAUGGCAUUCAAUGGCUUGAAUUACAAAGUCACAAUCAGGACAUUUGUAUACAAACCUAAUUAAUUGCAUUAUAACUGGAAAUGUUGUAGACAAAUUGAUAAUCAAAUCAAUUUAACAUUUUUAAUGAACUGCCGGUGUGUCUUGUGUUUCCUGUAUAUUUUUUUUUAAUGCAAUGCAAUCUUUUUUUUGUUUUGUUUCUUUUGUAGAUUUUUAUUUUCUGUGUGAAACAACCCAGACCACAGCACCGAGGCUUUUGGGUUAUUUCUCUUAAGACGUGGAUGUACUGAUUGUUAUCUACAAUGAGAUGAAAACUUGAGAUUUACUUGAAAGUGUUCUUCAAUAAAGUUGAAGGCGAAGAGAAA